AAAUUCGAGAUAAUCACGUGGGAAAUUCGUAAGCGAUUCAAAAUGGCCCGAGCCGGGAUCUGCCGAGAAGCAAAUAUUGAUAGAGUAUACGGAGUUGCGGUUAUGUUCGUCCCGCCAUAAGUGAUGGAUCGAUGAUAGCAUCGUGAUGAUUCGUAAUAUUUGUAUCAACAACAGAUACUUUCAAAGAUCAACACGAUAGCCAUGGAGGAGAGCCUCGAGGAUAAUUUGUUGGAUGAUGGGGAUGGCGUCGGGGAACUGACGGCACAGACGGUGCUCCAGGAGAUCGAAAACGCCUGGAUGAACGAGAGAUUCGCUCCGGAAAUCUUGCCGCAUCAGUCCGACCUGGUGGACUGCAUGCUGCAACAGAUCGCGCACAUGGAAGAGAACAUCAAGAGGUUAGAUAAGAAUGAUCUGCGAGCACUAGUCCACCGGAUGGAACUCGAUCGGAUCAAAUACGUCAUCAGCAGCUACCUGCGAACACGUUUGGAGAAGAUCGAACGAUAUACGAUUCAUAUCCUGUCGGAGGAAGCAAAUAGAAGUCCGGAGGAAGCCUAUUUGACUCCAGGCGAGUUGCGCUUUGCUAAGGAGUACCUGGCCAAUCUGGAAACAUUCUUCAAGACGGUGGCUUUGCAACAUAUGCCGCCUAACUUUCAGCGAUUUGAAGCGAACAAGUUUACCGUUAAACCUAAUCUGCAGGCGCAUGUGUUUCUGCGUGCCAACCAAAGGGUUACCGGCAUAGUCCUGCCUGGUAUGCUGAAUGAAGAGAUAGACUUUGAGGAAGUUUAAGCAAACUGCACGCCGAUUAUUUGUUGUCUUGAAACACAGUAAACUGAAGCUGAAGUACGUGAUAUUACAAAUUAAAUUGACUUCCAUCUGGACCUUCAUAUAUUUUGUGAUGGACCUCCCUAUAUUUUGUGACAUCUUACCAAUUCUAUCAUCGAAGGUAAUAGAAAUAUUUCUUUACACACAAACAUUUAUAAAAAAUAAGUACAAAUUAUUUAAAAUAACUAAGUACUAUAA